AUGGUCGUCGUGGCCGCUAAAACCACAUCCGAUGCAUCCAAAAUCCCCGCUUCAGAAUUCCCACCUGAUCCAAAUUCUUCUCAGUCAACCAUCAACACAGUCGCCCGAGAGAUCACAGACGCUGGAGGUUCGGCCCUGGCCCUCGAGGUUGACGUACGUAACACCGACGCCGUAGAGGCACUGGUCAAUGAAACAGUCAGACGCCUCGGCCGCCUGGACGUGCUCAUCUACAACUCCGGUGCCAUCUGGUGGAGUGCCAUCGAGACAACCCCAGUCAAGCGAUUUCAGCUGAUGCAACAAAUCAAUCCUCAAGGUCUGUAUGCGGCUGUGUCUGCCGCACUACCUCAUUUUGGCAAAAAUGGUUGGAAGGGUCGAAUCAUCGUCGUCAGUCCUCCAAUCUAUUCGAGAUUCUUUAGGGGCAAGACAGCCUACGCCAUGGGCAAAGUCGGAAUGAGUGUUUUGACGAAAGGCCUCGCCAUGGACUUUGUCAGACAAGGGAGGAAAGACAUGGCAAUCACCAGUAUAUGGCCAGCAGCGUCAAUCGAGUCCGCGGCAACCCAGAACGCCGUCCAGACAGACCAAGAGCUGCGGAAGGACCUCCGCAAGCCCACGAUAUUCUCCGACGCUAUUUUAGCCAUGCUCAACUCUCCCGCCGAGGAAGUCAACGGCCUGUUGGAUCUAGAUGAAGACUUCCUGCGUAAGAAGGGCGUCACUGAUUUCAGCAAGUACAGCGUUGUGCCGGGAGCCCAGCCUCGAAGGAUCAUGCCUGCAGAGUUUCCCACCCUAGAAGUGGCAGAGCAAGAUGACGAGGGUAGACGAGUCGACAGUGUCAAGCUGAGAGAGGGUAGGGAACAGGGUAAAUCGAAGUUGUGA